UAAAUAUUUAAUUAAAAUUCUUAUGAGCGUGAAGUAUUGGGGAGAUCCUGUAUCCCAGCCAUGUAGAACUAUCGAGUUUGUACUCAAGAAGCUUGACGUUGAGUACGAGAACAACAUGGUCGUACUUUUUAAGGAGACCAGAACUGAGGAAUACAAGAAGAUCCAUCCUAAGCAGAACAUCCCUCUCAUUGAGCAUGAUGGUACAAAGAUAUGGGAGAGUAAUACCCAGUGCAGAUAUCUUUUGGACACUUUCGAAGGUGAUGAAGAUCUUCUCCCAAGGUCUGACCUAAAGGCUAGAGCUAAAAUUGACGCUCUGCUUGAUUGGUGUGGAAACUCUGUAAGACCAUCUCUCACCGGAGGUCUCAAGAAGAUACUCUUGAACGUGAAGUUCUUUGACCACCCUGAGCCCACAGAGGAAGAGAAGAAGGAAUGUAUGGAUAGCAUGCACCAGAUCUUUGCUGAGAUCGAAGGAUACACUGGAGAGCACGACUUCUUGGCAAAUGACAAGAUGUCUAUUGCAGACGUCCAGAUUUACAAUGAAGUUAUGCUUGCAAAAGCAUGCUUGUCCUUGACCUUUGAGGAUUACCCAAAUCUUGAAAAAUGGUUAGAAAGGAUGGCUGAAGAUACUAUAAUCAAGGAAUUGGAUGACGUGAUGCUUGCAAGACUUAAGGAGCUAAGCUAA